AUGCAGAUUGACGGCGGCAACAGGCGGCACAGUCGUCCUGCAUCGCGCGGACGAAGCUAUUCAGAUAGGAGUGAGCCGAGCAAGGGAGACAGCGACGCUCCUUGGAAGCAUGACCUCUUCGAUCCCCUUUCAAAUCUCUAUCAGCCCAUACUGCACCAGAGGAGUGGCACCUUCGGCCGAGACAGGCCUGGGCCUGUCAGAAGAGGCGAGCAAGAGGAGGAUCUCUUUGCUCGUCCCACUCCAAAGACCGCCAGCGCCAGCUUGAGACCGUUUGGCUCGGCUACACAGACUCCACCUGCACCUUCGCCGUAUGCGCGUCCCGCGAGUGCAUCGAAUGACUCGCGAGCAGCGAUGGACAAGAAGCGCAAGGACCUCGACCUUGCCAGACGGAAAGCAGUCGAAGAGGAGGAAUAUGCCGCCAAUCAGGCUGCCAAGCGAGUCGCUACCGCUCAAGUACCAAGCACCGCCCAAGCACCCGGCAGUCUAUCCCUGAUGGCCAGAGUGCAGCAGUCACUCUUUGAGCGAAUGGGCAUGCAAGACCCAAACCCCAAACCGCAAAAUCGACCUGCGCGCGCUCGUGCCGAACAGGCCAACCGAUCGCAAGACGUUCAAGAGGGCAACAGUAUGGAUGUGGACAUGGUCAUCUCACCUGCGCCUGUGCCCAGAUCAGCAACAACGAGCAGAAAGCCCGCACUCGGACCUGCGACCGUGUUGAUAAGGCACCUCGUCGACGGAACAACGGCAGAGGACAUCAAGACCGCCUUCUCAGACUAUGGCACCAUACUGAGCAGCAAGAUACUCAAUCCCGGCUCGCCGGACUUGGAUGCAGAAGUCAUCUUCAAGCUCAGAGUUCACGCAGAGACUGCUGCCAGCGCUCUAGAUGGAGCGAUAGCAGACGGCAAGCGGUUGAGCGUGACUGUGCAGCGACCCCCACAGCUAGCGCCCUCGCCAAAGACGCUUGCGAUACAACGUCCGCAGAACGGUGCCAAACCGCAAACACCCAUCGCACCUGUAAUCGCUGCUCGCGAGCUUCUUUCUCAACCGCCUAGUCGACUACGCUCCGACGCGAUACUCGCUCUCGACCCUCGCGCAUCUCGUGUGACGCAGCCGAUAGCUGAACCAGACCCUCAGGCAGACGACGUCAUGGCGAUCGAGAUGGACGGUGAUGACGCUGUUCGACCCGCUUCAGAAGUGCGGCGCGGGCGAGGUGGUCGCAGAGGCAGAGGAAGGGGAAGACAUGAAGGCAGCUUCCACAAUGACUCGGCGAACAACGUCGCUUCGAAGGAUCUCAGAAGUCGACUCGGCUUCUGA